GGCCGCUUUCAGCAGCCUUCCAUCUGGUCACUACUGUUCUGUUACACUUCUACCAAAGAAGAUACAUUUAGAUGCCUUUAAAAUGACAGAGAAGUUGCAACAACAUUCUCUUGUUGAAAUUGAACCAUACCCGCUUUCAAAGUGCGCUGUGUUAAAACGUGUACACCGCUCUGGAAGCAAAGAGACCUCAAGAGAACUGUCGCGAAUCUCGGAGAGAAUAGAUUUGCACAACCCAGAAUGGAAUUGUAGUUGCGGAGAUUUAAGACACGAUACUGAUGAUGAAAAUCGAAGAAAAAAACAUCACCGAUACGGUUGCAGAAACUUCAAACGAGUAAUGUACACUGAGUGGGGCAGGAGCAAGAGACACGUGCUCCUUUCCAUCCCCAGACCCAUCGGCGGAAGAGGGAGAGCCAUUUCCGCUAACGAGCCCCAUGUGUCUUUGGAAGAACUGUUGCUGCAGCAGAGCCAGGCCAAAAACAAGGAAGGGGUCAGAGAAAUGGUCAAAAUUGAGACGUCUAUGAGUCAGCGUGUUCAGGAGCCAGAUAGGAAGUACUUCCGCUACUCGCGUGAGUUGGAGAAGAGGGCGAUGAGAGAAUGCAAUUUAGAAGAUAUUCUGGUGGAGAGACUGACUCGCUAUGACCCCAGACGACCUCCGGUGGAAGUACCUACUGCUGGCACUCUUAGUGGCAGCAACGAAGAGGGCACAGCCAGAUAUUACCCGGAGAGCAGACAGGGCAAAUUGAUUCAAGAAAUGCCACCGAAUAACCACGGAAGCAACAUGUCUCAAAGCGACAACAACACUUGCCUACGAAUCUCUCUUUCCAGAUUGGGAAUGGCGGGAGUAGGUGGAGGCAAAGGCAGCCAAAUGGGCACUAACAGAUCCGAAUCUAAAUUAGCCGCAAUUGCAUUUGGCUCUCGUCCCAUGGUGGUUGAAAAGAGGAUAACAGUACCAACUCCAUUGACUCGGGAACCCGUCACGUUCGAUCAUGAUUUCAACUGAGGCUCACUCCAAAAUCAACUUAAGUGAUUUAGACACAAUCUCAAACCCUUAAAGUAGUUAAAUUGUAUAUCGUUGAACAAUUUACCACUUUGAAAAAUCU